GGCGCUUUCGGCUCCGCGUUGAAAUUAUCAUCUCGGUAUAAUACAGCAGUUUGUGCGUCGGUGUGUUCGUUCGUGCAUGUAUACACUCGGUUGGAGUUAGUAUUUACCCAGCACGUCACUGCUCGCUUCACGUAUAUAUAAUAUACACUACUUCGGCGCAGCAGCAAGUAGCAGCAGCAGCUCAGAUGAUGGAAAAUCGUCGAUAGGUGCGGAACGUGCGCGCAACAGAAGUAAUAUACAAUAUACAUUCGUUCGGCGAGUAUAUACAAGUGCGAGAAAUAUAAGACUCGCGCGUCGUUGUUGGUUCGUUCGUUGUUGUUGUUGUUGCUAUUGCAUUGCUAAAGAGGCGCAGAGGCGGCGGAACGCAGUGCGUGAGCGGAUUAAUAAAAAGCGAAAAGAAGGAGUCUUCUUUGUUGCCGUUUUAUUCGCUAUCGUGUGCCAACUGUACUGUGUGUGUGAUUGUGGAGAGUAGUAGUAGCGAGCUGCUAUCGUCGUAAAACGAGAGUGAGUGCACGCCGAUAAUAAUAUAAUACACACGUACUAGCCAAGAAGAGAUCGAGGAAAGCUUUGCUGUUGCUGCAGCAGCAGGGGAGAGUGCAACAGAGAGCGAGCGAGCUAUUUUUGGAGCUUUGAGAGUAAAAAAAGGUACAUCCUUGACCGGAGCGAAUCAACCUCGCUGAAAAUAAUGGCCAAAGGAGGAGGAAUGUCAGGAGGUGGCGGAGGUGGCGGCGGCAGCGCCUACGGACCCAGCAUGGACGCCGGUCCCUACAUGCCGUCCGCGCCCCUGCCCUCGGCGCCGCCGUCGUACGAGGAGGCCGUGGGUCUCGUCGCCGCGCCGGGAGCGAACAUGCCGCAACCGCCGCCCAAUCCGGGCUAUCCCACGGGUCCGGCGUCGAUGCCCAUGCCCAUGCCCAUGCCCAUGCCCAUGCCGAUGCCACAGCCCGCGGAGCCGGCGCCGGUUCACGUGACGCAGCCACGGGCCAGCAGUAGCCAACACCAACAACAACAAGCCGGUAGCAGCGCCAAUAAUCCCACGGUGAGGGUGAUACACCAGCACGUGAGCCUCGCGCUCGGCCCGAAUCCCAUCAAGAUGUCGUGCCCGUCGUGUCACGCCGACAUCAAGACGACCACCAUGUCGGAUCAUCAGCCCAGCGCUCACGUCUGCUGCAUCAUUCUCUGCCUACUGGGGUGCUGUCUGUGCUCGUGUUUACCCUACUGCUUGAGCUCGUUCCUCAGCGUACACCACUUCUGCCCGAACUGCAAGGCCUACAUCGGCACGUGGAAGGGCUGACCGUGCGAGGGCGAGACCAUAGUGGCGGCGGCGAGCAGCAGCAGCGGCCGCAACCACCGGACCAUUGUUAUCCUUGGCUAGCCAGAGAGAUAACGUUGACCCGCGUUGUAUAAAUAUUAUUGUUAAGCCUGUGCCGCGCAAUCGCAACGCAUCGCAGCAACGAACUCGAAGGCCUCGAGGCGCGGGCCGCUCAGCAUCCUCCUUUUUUCGUCCAAGGUUUUUCUCCAGCAAUUUUCUCCAGCUCGAACGAACCGUCGAUGUUUAUUUAUUUUUCGUCUUCUCUACUGUGGGCUUUCGCGCGUUUCGCGCAUACAUUAUAAUAGUACGUAAGAGAGAGAGAGAGAGAGAGAGAGAGAGAGAGAGAUAACGUUUUUCAAUUAUCUGUAAUAUGUACAUAGCGUGUGGUCAUCCGUCACUCGAUACGAGAAAAUGAAAGUGAAAGAGACAGAGAGAGGAAAUAAGUCUCUUAUCAGUAUUUCUUUUUUUUUUUAUUAUCGUGCGAUAUUAAUUCAGCAUUGCCAAAUGUGCAGUCGUAAUUAUGUAUCAAGUAUAAACUGCUUCAAUGUAAUUAAAUUCUCAUCGAAUCCGACGUGUUUUUUUUUGUCACCUCCUACUCGAAAGAAAAGCUCUGUACAUAUUUCCAAAACCAUAUUUAACGCAUACAUAAAUUAUAUAUGAUGUGAGAUCGUCGAAUCUGUUAGAGAUAUACUGGAAACGGUAUACGUAAACGAAACCGAAUUGAAUGCAUAAAUGCGCUUAGCGAGAGAGAUAUUUGUACAGAUUAUUUUUACGAAUUGUGUACAAAAUACAACAAAAAAAUGGCGUGAAUAAAUCACGAUAUGCGUUUAAAGCUUUGCUUGCGCUAUACUCGAGAAUCGCUUGUUGAGAAUCUAUAGGGGAAUGAUAAAAAAAAUAUAUAAAACUACGAAUCGUUUAUGUGUUAAGAUUGUUGCUGCGUACAACCGAAAAUAAUGCAUAGUUAUUUUUAUCAUUUUUACCGUAGGUAAAAAGCAGAUGAGGGAGAA